ACCUGGUGAGGAGCAUCUGCUAUCCAUGGAUGGUGCGACUAUUGACUAGUACAGGAGGAGCCAGCCCCAGCUAAAAAUAAAUAAGCUGAGCUGUGGUUUAAGAGCAAAAGUCAUCCAGUCUACUCACUCAACUCUUAGUUAUAUCAGAGCGACUGUCUAUCUAGGCCGUGAUUGCCUAUUCUAAUAUAUACUUGACUGCUUCUGAGCUCAGCUCCCUCCCACCCCGCACUCCGGGUGACCCCUCCUAGGCUCUUACUGUCAACAUACCGCAACCUCCAUCUCGAAUACCAUUAAACACAUCAUCAUGGCCGCUGCAAUCAAGGAGACCGUGUCGAACCUCAUCGGUAAGAUCCAGGGAUCCGAAGGACCUACCCUUCGGGAGCCUUCUGCGGAGGAGUUCCAGCAGCUCCAGCAGAAGUACGUUGAGGCCGGCCAGGGGCAGGUCUUUGCAUUCGUCGAGGAGCUCAAGCCGGCGGAGAAGACUCAACUCUUCCAUCAGCUUUCGAAUUUCGACCCGACUCGCAUCAACGAACUGGCUGACAAGGCACUCAACCCUCCCAAGGUCGAGACGGGAUCGGCCCCCUCGCUUGAGCCCCUCCCCGACGUGGCCACCGCCUCGAUACUCGACUCAGACCCCGAAGAUAUCCAGCGUUGGUACGAGGAGGGCCUGAAGCUCGUCGCAGAUGGCAAGGUCGCCGUCGUGCUCAUGGCCGGUGGACAGGGCACCCGCCUAGGGAGCUCUGCUCCGAAGGGUUGCUUCAAUAUCGGGCUCCCCAGCCAGAAGUCUCUGUUCCAGAUCCAGGCAGAGCGUAUCUAUAAGCUGCAGCUCCUAGCUCAGAAGGCCUCGGGCAAGGACAGGCCAGUGAUUCCGUGGUACGUCAUGACGAGCGGCCCGACACGAAAGCCCACCGAAGAGUUCUUCAAGGAGAAGAACUACUUUGGACUGGAUAAGAGCAACGUGGUCAUCUUCGAGCAAGGUGUUCUGCCGUGUAUCUCUAAUGAUGGUAAGAUCCUGAUGGAGAGCAAGUCUAAGGUGGCCGUUGCACCCGAUGGAAAUGGAGGAAUCUAUCAGGCGCUCAUCACAUCCGGCGCCCGCAAAGAUAUGCGAGACCGCGGCAUUGAGCACAUCCACGCCUACUGCGUCGACAACUGCUUGGUCAAGGUUGCCGACCCGGUCUUUAUCGGUUUUUCCGCCUCAAAGAAUGUCGACAUCGCCACCAAGGUCGUGCGGAAGCGCAAUGCCACCGAGUCGGUGGGGUUGAUUCUGCUCAAGAACGGCAAGCCGGACGUCGUUGAAUACUCGGAGAUUGACAUGGAGACAGCCGAAGCCAAGGACCCGAAGCAGCCGGAUGUGCUCAAGUUCCGUGCGGCUAACAUUGUCAACCACUAUUACUCCUUCCGCUUCUUCGAGUCGAUCGAGAUCUGGUCUCACAAACUGCCGCACCACGUUGCGAAGAAGAAGAUUCCCUGCAUCAACAUCGAGACCGGUGACGGUAUUAAGCCGGAAAAGCCCAACGGCAUCAAGCUCGAGCAGUUUGUCUUCGACGUCUUCCCCCUGACCCCGCUUGAGAAGUUCGCCUCCAUCGAGGUCCGCCGGGAGGACGAAUUCUCCCCUCUGAAAAAUGCCCGGGGCACGGGAGAAGACGACCCCGAUACCAGCAAGAACGAUAUUAUGCUGCAGGGGCAGCGUUGGAUUGAGAAGGCUGGUGGUGUCGUUGUUACCGAGGGUGAUGCUGUCGGCGUGGAGGUAUCUCCUUUGAUCAGCUACGGUGGCGAGGGACUUGACUUCCUGAAGGGCCGUGAGAUCAAAUCCCCAGCGAUCAUCGAGAAAGAGUAAAAAAAGAAAAAAAGGCCAUAUACGCACGGAUUAUACAAUUUUUCGGCAAGAAUGUUCGUCACACGUCCUGUCUACUACAGACUCUGACAGUUAGCUGUGGGUCUUGCAAGACUUAUGUGGAAUGUUGCUGCAAGGGAGCUAUAGAAAUCGCUGCCAGCCUUUGCCCAAGCAUAUGACAGGCGAGGGUGUUGCUAUCACUACACAAAAAUAAAUAAAACCAGUACAAGUCAGGAGACUAGUUAUAACUAAUGAGAACGUUUUCAUCUCGGGAGAAUAAUGGAAGAUUAAAAAAUGGGGGAGAAGAAAAAAAAGACGUAUCCUUGACAUAGGCCUCUGCACUCCAUCUACUACUACAUAGU